UUGUUGUUUUCUGCUUCUAUUUCUUCCAUCUCCUCAUCUAAGUCAUCGAUUCUAACAUACUCUCUGGUUCUUGAGUCGUUUCCUUGGGGUUCUGGAUUAUUGAGGAUGAAUCGGUUGUCUCUGGGACUGUUGUUUUAA